GCAGGGCUGCUACUGUUCCUCCCCCGUACCGCCCAGUCAGCCGGAGCCGGCUCUUUCCACCUGCGCGGCGGCGGGGAGUGGAGCACCCGCGGUCCGGGAGAUGUGAGCGCCCAUGGGCGUCGGGCAGCUGCGGCAGGGGGCGGCCUGGGUGCUAGUGCUGCCGCUACUUCUGUCGCCUCCCCCCGCGGCACACACAGGUGUGUUGUGUUGUUCUUUGCCCAACCCUAGGAAUGUCCAUUUUGAGUCUGUAAACAUGAAGAAUGUCCUUCACUGGUCAGCACCAGAAGGCACAGGACAUGGAGUACUCUACAAGGUGAAGUAUUUGGUGUAUGGUGUUGGCAAAUGGAUUAGAAAGCCAGAAUGCAGGAAUAUCAACAGAACAUGGUGUGACCUGUCCAGUGAGACUUCUGACUAUGAAGAACAAUACUAUGCAAGCGUUAAAGCCUUCCUAAAUGGGAUGUGCUCUGACUGGAUAGAGACCACACGAUUCAACCCUCUUACAGACACUAAAAUUGGUCCACCCAUGGUAAGUGUGUCUUCUACUGAGAAAUCUAUUUCAAUCAUUCUGACUGCUCCUGAGAAGUGGAAGAGGAGUCCUGAGGGAGAAUCCAUAUCUCUGCUUCAAGUGUAUCCUGGCCUGCAGUACAAUGUGUCUGUCCUCAACAGAAAAACAAAGAAGAGGUGGUGGUUCUCCAUCAGCAACAACACCUUGGUUGUGCCCUGGUUAGAACCUGGAACAGCUUAUUGUGUCAGUGCUCAGAUACGUGUCACCACACCACUUUUGCACAGUGGGUUCUCCAAAGAAUAUUGCAUUGCUACCUUGAAAGAUAAAACAGCUGAUGAGACUAUGACAGUCAUAUUUGGAUAUGUUCUGCCUGUCGUGCUGGCUGCCCUUUUUAUUUCAAUGAUAUGCUACUGCGUGCACAAGUAUAUUCAUGUCAGCAAACAGAAACAUCCAGCAAACCUGUUAUGGCACUACACUGACAAAUGCAGGGAAAGAGUUUUCAUACCAUGUGAGAAAAUAGUGGUCAACCUUAUCACUGUUAACGGAGAUGAGUACAAGCCAUCUCAGGAAUCCAGUCAUCUAUCGGAAAGAAAAAGUCCCCAUUACUACACUGUUUACAAUGGCACUGAGGAGAAGGAUUUGCCUUCAGAAGAAGUGCUGGAAACAAAACAAUUGAAGCUUGAGACUUCACAUGAAGAGAUUUCGCAUGAAGAGAUUUUAGCAGAAGGGGACCAACCUGGGAAAUGGCCAUCCUAUGGCCAUCCUGGAACAAAGAGAACUUUGAGACAGAAGAGUACAGAGACUGUAGAGUACGAGCAUGAUGUAAGGGCUGAAGAUUUCAGUCCUGCUCAGGAACUGGAAGAGAACAUUUCUGCCCCCAGGGGACUACUAGGUGAGCCACAGAUUGCCUUGGAGAAAAUGGUUACUAUGAAAAUAGGACAGCCAUAUUGCCCCCAGCUAGAGAUGAGGGCAGCAGACCCUUGUUUGGGACAGAAAAUAGAGGAACUUAGUUUGAAGAUGAUUGAUGGAGCAGAUGAAUUGCCAGGUGUGACCCAUAUCAACUUGGUGGACUUGAAUACUGGAAAAUCUGGGCAGAUAUCCUAUUCUCAACUGGAAAAAAUAGCACAGGGCCUCACAGAUAAAAAGGGCGAACAGACCAUAUUAGUAGAUUGGGAUCCUCACACUGGAAGACUGUAUAUUCCUACUUUGUCCAGUGUUGAAAAUCAGGUAUGUGAAAGAGCAUUCAAAUGUGAAGAUCCUGACAAAGAGGGAAUUUUAUCCAGACUGUGUGAGAGAGAGGUAUCUGAUGAAUCAUCAGAGGACCAAGAAAUAUAUCUCCUGCAAUUUCAGGAACAAUGGGGACUACAUGUAGAAAUGGAAGACUGAACAAUAAUUUUCUAAAAUGUUUUAAAAUGUAAAAUCUUGCUGACUUUGCCAAAGAGAGUGAUGAACUCUAGUGGAGCAAACACAUCUGAAUGUAUUGAAGUUUUCAGAACCAUCACAGUUGAACAACUUAUUAGUCAUAUGUUACUUACAGAAGUUUCUAGAUAAGAUAAAAGUGAUUUUGACUUUCAUUUUAAAUCUCUCAGGCAAAAUAUGUUGGUUAUGAGAUUAUUUAAAAAAAAAAAGUUUUUACACAGGAUGCUCUUAUGACUUUCAUAUUAUAAUUCUUACCAAAGCAAAUUAUCAGUGUUCA